UGGAGCCCGAUGCGGGAUAUGUUUACUUGCAGCACGUUUUGAUUUCCGGUUUCCUCUCUAACUAAAUAAACGAGUCGCACAGUCUGUGUGCUCAACGUGCGAAAUUGUAUCUUUCAUUCAACGCAAAUUUCCACACCGGUACGAGGUGACGAAAAGUUGUACUUUGGCUGGGAGUCAAUGGCAUAGAUAUAUUAUCGGAGCGCUUCAUCAGAUGAUUCACGAUCAGUAAGAAGAACUGUCUGAUUUAGCUACUCUCAGCUAGUAUUUGUUUAACAAUGGUAAGAAGGUGUUUUUUUCGUUGUGGAGGGACAUCUCCCUUGUAUGCGUUGCCAAAGCCAGAGCCUUCACGUAGCCAUUGGCUGGAGUUCAUUUUUAACCCUAUUCCCCCAACUGUACCGAACCUUUUUCUGUGUCGCCACCACUUCACUGAGGGCUGCUUCAAGAACCUGCGUUCGUUCACUAGUGGAUUCGCAAAGCUGCUAACUCUGAGGAUAGAUGCUGUUCCAACUCUGUGUGGCCCAAUGGGUGAAGAUGUCUCUCAACAUCAGGACUGCAGUGCCUAUUAUCGCCCCUUCCAACACGUCGGAUGCCAGACCGACUCGCCUCCGAUUAUAUCGGCGGGAACCCAAACCAUCACGUCUGUGGGAAUACAAACUGCACGGUUCAAGUCGACAUCAGUCGGCACACAGUUUUCCAUGGGAUCGCUAAAGACGCGCGUAAGAACCAAAGCCAUGCAGACACAGGUGUCUCCUCUCAGUGUAGACUUUGGAACAACCUCUCAUUUGCCAGACUCACCGCUGACUUCUACAUCAAUAAAGGGCCAGGGCUGGAGACCUAGCAAGAGACCACGGCUUGAGUUGGAGGAAGAGGAGGAGAGUGACUCCUCAAUUGAAUCACAUAAGGAGCCGCUGGACUCUACAUACAACUCUGGAGACUCUGUUCUUACAGAGGAAUCUGACGUCUCGUUUGAGACGCAGCCCAAACAGAAUGAGGCUAAGUAUAUUGUCUUUGAAAGCUGCCUCAAACAGCUGUUUGAAAACUGUCCCACGUGUCAGGGAGGCUGUGACCUUCAACAGCGAAGGAUCGGUACCUAUGUGGCUUUCACUCAGCGAUGUCUACACUGCAGCUACUUCAGACAGUGGGAGAGUCAGCCCAUGGUUUUAAACACCCCCAUUGCCGACCUGCAACUUUUGGCUGCUACCGACUUCACUGGGUCCUCCUUCACCCAUCUACAAAAGUGGAAGAUGGAUCAGCAGCAUCAUUUCCAGCAACAAUUGCGCCUUCGUGGGUCAGUUGCAGUGGGAGACGAAAUGAGGGCAGAUUCUCAAGAAGACUGCGAUGACUUUGUAGACCACAGCACACAGACUCUGCAUGUGGACGCCCCUGGCUCCUCCCACAUGUCCAGUCACAACGGGGAGCUGCGGAUCCUGAGUGUCUACGGAAAAGGGGAGGGCCCACUGGCGGUGGACGGUCAUGAUACCCUCGUCACCGCGUCUGAAGUCGAGGCCCUGAGCUCGCCGUCUGCGGACCACAGUGCGGCCAAGAGCCUUGAGCGCGGUGAGCUGCUGGUCCGCCACGAGGAGCUGAGUGCGCAGCAGCAGACCCCAGACACCAUUGUAAUCAAGGUUGAAGAGGAUAUUGAUGGAGGCAUGCCCACUGUAGAAGACUACAAUGACUUUGUAGACCACAGCACACAGACUCUGCAUGUGGACGCCCCUGGCUCCUCCCACAUGUCCAGUCACAACGGGGAGCUGCAGAUCGUGAGUGUCUACGGAAAAGGGGAGGGCCCACUGGCGGUGGACGGUCAUGAUACCCUCGUCACCGCGUCUGAAGUCGAGGCCCUGAGCUCGCCGUCUGCGGACCACAGCGCGGCCAAGAGCCUUGAGCGCGGUGAGCUGCUGGUCCGCCACGAGGAGCUGAGUGCGCAGCAGCAGACCCCGGACACCAUUGUAAUCAAGGUUGAAGAGGAUAUUGGUGGAGGCAUGCCCACUGUAGAAGACUGCGAUGACUUUGGAGACCGCAGCACACAGCGCGGCACAACCUCAGAGAAUCUGCAUGUGGACGCCCCUGGCUCCUCCCGCAUGUCCAGUCACAACGGAGAGCUGCGGAUCCUGAGCGUCGACGGAAAAGGGGAGGGCCCACUGGCGGUGGACGGCCAUGACACCCUCCUCACUGCGUCCGGCGAGGAGGCCUUGACUUCGCCGUCCGCGGACCACAGCGCGGCCAAGAGCCUGGACCGCGGUGAGCCGCUCGGCCACCCCGAGGACCUUAUUGGGGCUCAGGGCGGCCCCAAGCGCCGGCCUCGUGUGUUGUCUGGCGAGGGUUUUCCCGACAAUACCAAGAUGACCAUCCAUAUGGUUACCCACACCAGCAAGAAGCCGUACGUGUGCGACCAAUGCAUGAAGCACUUCAGUACAAGCUUCAACCUAAAGAAACACAUGAGGACUCACUCCGGGGAGAAGCCCUACAGCUGUGACCAAUGCAUGACGCGCUUCGGUACAAGCUACAACCUGAAGAAACACAUGAGGACUCACUCCGGGGAGAAGCCCUACAGCUGUGACCAAUGCAUGACACGCUUCGGUACAAGCUACAACCUAAGGAUCCACAUGAAGACUCACACCGGGGAGAAGCCCUACAGCUGUGACCAAUGCAUGAAGCGCUUCAUUCAGAAUUCAAGCCUGAAGAUGCACAUGAGGACUCACUCCGCAGAGAGGGCCUACAGGUGUGACCAAUGCAUGAGGCGCUUCAGUACAAGCUACAGCCUGCAGUUCCACAUGAGGACUCACUCCGGGGAGAAGCCCUACAGGUGUGACCAAUGCAUGAAGCGCUUCAGACAGAACUCUGUCCUAAAGGACCACACGAGAACUCACUCCGGGGAGAAGCCCUUCGGGUGUGCCCAAUGCAUGAAGCGCUUCGGACGGAGCUCCACUCUGAAGAUCCACAUGAGGACUCACUCCGGGGAGAAGCCCUGCGUGUCUGCAGUGCAACGCCAGCUUCAGCGACCCUAGCAAUUUGCGUGUGCACAUGCUCAGGCACACAGGCAAAGGGGGGCUUGGACACGGGGCAACGUGACACUUUGAUUGACAGCUCUAUGUUUUAUUCGUUGAAGUGACUGUAGGUUUUUUUUCAUCAUGAUUAAAGACGCUUUCCAACUUUU